CUCUCACGAGCAAAGCAGAGAGAUCAGAGCGCCAGCGAGGAAGCAGACGCAAGUUACUGAGUUCAGAGUUCUGCAACGUCUGAAAAUGGCAUUAAAGUCGGUAUUCGAUUUUUCUCAAAUUAGAGCUGAAUUUGAACAAGCUGGUAUCAAUACUCGCUUCAUCCCAGUUAUAUGGAAGCACGUGAUUCAGAACCCUAAUUGUCAGUGGGAUGAAAUUCCAUCAUUGCCUUCAGGAGCAUACGUUCUGCUUCGUUCCAAGUUUGUACCAUUAACUUCCACCCUUCACACUGCCGAUGAAUCAAGCGAUGGUGUUACCACCAAGCUCCUCAUCAAACUUCAGAAAGGAGAAUUUACUGAGGCUGUUAUCAUGAGAUAUGACUCACGCUUAGGAAAGUAUAAUGGAGAACCUCGUCAUGGCGGACUAAGAUCAACCCUGUGCAUAUCAUCUCAGGUUGGAUGCAAAAUGGGCUGCAAAUUUUGUGCAACUGGAAGCAUGGGAUUUAAAACUAAUCUUUCAUCCGGAGAGAUAGUUGAGCAGUUGGUGCAUGCUUCUCGUUUGUCAUCCAUACGCAAUGUUGUUUUCAUGGGAAUGGGAGAACCAUUAAACAAUUACUCUGCCCUUGUAGAGGCUAUUCAUGUUAUGACGGCGUCUCCAUUUUAUUUAUCGCCAAGGAAAAUUACGGUCUCAACGGUUGGAAUCAUUCAUGCCAUUAACAAGCUUCAUAUGGAUCUCCCAAAUAUAAACCUGGCGGUAUCCCUUCAUGCACCAGUUCAGGACAUCCGUUGUCAGAUAAUGCCUGCUGCUAGAGCCUUUCCUUUGGACAGACUGAUGGAUGCAUUGCAUGCCUAUCAAAAGAAAAGCCAGCAAAGGAUCUUUAUUGAAUACAUUAUGCUCGAUGGAGUGAAUGAUGACGAACAACUUGCCCACCAGCUCGGUAAAUUGCUAGAAGCAUUUCAAGUGGUUGUGAACCUGAUACCAUUUAAUCCAAUCGGUUCCCUGAGUGACUUUAGAACAAGUAAUGAUCAGAAAGUGACCAGAUUUCAAAAAACACUGAGGGAUAUCUACGGAAUUCGGACGACAAUCCGCAAGCAAAUGGGACAAGACAUAAGUGGUGCUUGUGGUCAGUUAGUAGUGAAUUUGCCAAAAAGGCAGUCGUUGGGGACCUGCUCAGAUGUUUUAACUGAUAUUGAAGAUCUUCACAUCUAAAAGAAAAGCGGUUACAGUCUUCAAUGCUCUGGCAAAUGGAUAGUUUUUUUCAUUCCCCUUUCGUAGGAAGAGCUCUGAAGUUCCUCUCAUCUUUUGCAAUAGUGGACUGGGAGCAUAGUUGUUGUUGUUCUACACUUAAUUUAAUGUUUCAGUCCCCUUGGUAUUGUAAUAUAUUGUAGGCUGAUAAGGCUGUAUCUAUCUAUUUAUCUAAUUAUAUAUAUUCAUUUAUCUUAUGUAGUGGAACUGUGGAAGUCGUAUAAAUAUGUUAUGCAUCCUUUACCUUCUCAUGUUCAAAAUUGACGUCGAAUCUGUUGAUGGAAGCCAU